AUGUCGUCACUACUCAAGCUGUUCCGCGACGAUGGCGGCCAUGUUGCCCGCACCAUGAAACUUCUUCGGCAGCUCUCAGGGGAACCGAUUGCCCUUCUUGACUGGCCUUCCCAGGAGGGCGUUACUGUCUCCAUCAAAACAGUACACAUAGACGUGCGCACUAAUAUAUUCCAUUCCAGGGAGAAAAGACGUACUGGCUGUUGGGAGUUCCUGGUCGACUGGAUGGCCGACCAUGGCGCCCGAAAAAUUGUCACCAGUAGCCGCUCCGUCAAAUCCCAGGUACCAUAA